UGGUAGGUGACUUGAAUGAACACGUGGACGAGAACACAGAGACAGAUGCUCCUCUUAAUCGAUUGUGGCUUAGGACACUGCCAGCCCAGGAUGAUGCAAGCCCACGAGCUGUUCCGGUACUUUCGGCUGCCAGAGCUGGUUGACUUCCGGCAGUACGUGCGCACCCUUCCAACCAACACGCUCAUGGGCUUCGGGGCGUUUGCCGCACUCACCACCUUCUGGUACGCCACGCGGCCACGGGCCCUGAAGCCUCCAUGUGACCUGGCCAUGCAGUCAGUGGAGGUGCCGGGCAGUGAUGGUGCCCGGAGAUCCACACUCCUGGACAGUGACGAGCCCCUGGUGUAUUUCUACGAUGAUGUCAGAACAUUAUACGAAGGCUUCCAGAGGGGCAUACAGGUGUCCAAUAAUGGCCCUUGUUUAGGCUCUCGGAAACCAGACCAACCCUAUGAAUGGCUUUCAUACAAACAGGUUGCAGACAUGUCAGAGUGUGUGGGCUCGGCACUGCUUCACAAGGGCUUCAAGGCAGCCCCAGACCAGUUCAUCGGCAUCUUCGCUCAGAACAGACCUGAGUGGGUGAUCAUUGAACAGGGAUGCUUUACUUACUCGAUGGUGAUCGUUCCCCUCUAUGACACCCUCGGAACUGAAGCCAUCACCUACAUCAUCAACAAAGCCGAACUCUCUCUGGUUUUUGUGGACAAGCCAGAGAAGGCCAACCUCCUAUUAGAAGGUGUAGAAAAUAAGUUAAUACCAUGCCUUAAAACUAUUGUUCUCAUGGACUCCUACGGCAGUGAUCUGCUGGAACGAGGCAAGAAGUGUGGGGUGGAGAUCAUCAGCAUGAAGGCCAUGGAGGACCUGGGAAGAGCCAACAGACAGAAGCCCAAGCCUCCAGCACCUGAAGAUCUUGCAGUAAUUUGCUUCACUAGUGGAACUACAGGCAACCCCAAAGGAGCAAUGAUCACGCAUCGAAAUAUAGUGAGCGAUUGUUCAGCAUUUGUGAAAAUGACAGAGAACACGUUCAUUCCUACCUCAGAUGACACUUUGAUCUCUUUCUUGCCUCUGGCCCAUAUGUUUGAGAGAGUUGUAGAGUGUGUGAUGCUCUGUCAUGGAGCUAAAAUAGGAUUUUUCCAAGGAGAUAUCAGGCUGCUUAUGGAUGAUCUCAAGGCCCUUCAACCCACCAUCUUCCCCGUGGUCCCCAGACUGCUGAACCGGAUGUUUGACCGAAUUUUCGGACAAGCAAACACCACGCUGAAGCGAUGGCUGUUGGACUUUGCCUCCAAGAGGAAAGAGGCUGAACUUCGCAGUGGCAUCAUUAGAAACAACAGCCUCUGGGAUAAACUGAUCUUCCACAAAAUACAGUCGAGCCUGGGAGGAAAAGUGAGGCUGAUGAUCACAGGAGCAGCGCCCGUGUCUGCCACCGUGCUCACCUUCCUGAGGGCCGCGCUGGGCUGCCAGUUCUACGAAGGCUACGGACAGACCGAGUGCACCGCCGGUUGCUGCCUGACUACUCCUGGGGACUGGACCGCAGGCCAUGUUGGUGCCCCAAUGCCUUGCAGCAUUAUCAAGCUUGUUGAUGUGGAAGAAAUGAAUUACCUGGCUGCCAAGGGCGAGGGUGAGGUAUGUGUGAAAGGGUCAAACGUUUUUCAAGGCUACUUGAAAGACCCAGUGAAAACAGCAGAAGCUCUGGAUAAGGACGGCUGGUUGCACACAGGGGACAUUGGCAAGUGGUUACCAAAUGGCACCUUGAAGAUCAUCGACAGGAAGAAGCACAUCUUUAAACUGGCACAAGGGGAGUACAUAGCUCCCGAGAAGAUCGAAAACAUCUACCAGCGAAGUGAACCUAUCGCUCAGGUGUUUGUCCAUGGAGAGAGCUUGCAGGCAUUUCUCAUAGCGAUUGUGGUACCGGACGUUGAGACACUAGGUGCCUGGGCCCGGAAGAGAGGCAUUGUAGGCUCCUUUGAAGAACUAUGCAGAAACAAGGAUGUCAAAAAAGGUAUUCUAGAAGACAUGGUGAGACUCGGGAAGGAGUCUGGCCUGAAACCAUUUGAACAGGUCAAAGGCAUCUAUCUCCACCCUGAACUCUUCUCUAUCGACAAUGGCCUUCUGACCCCAACCAUGAAGGCUAAAAGGCCAGAGCUUCGGAAUUAUUUCAGGUCACAGAUCGAUGAGCUUUACUCCACCAUCAAAGUCUAACGCGAGGGAGGAAGCGGAGGGGAGUUUGACAACGGCAGGAAGGGAGGGAGCAUCCUCGGGUGCCUCUCCCGUCCAGAUUCUCGUCAUAGGAGCCUGGAGGGAACGGAACACUGCCUUACAGCCACCUCGCGUCGCAGACCGCAGACCGUGUCCACGGUGAUCCACGAUUUCCAAAAUGAGCCUUAAAAAAUCGUAGAGGGGAAACUGCAAACGUGCUAAGUUCUUUACCAAUUCCUCAGUUAUAAAGGCGGGUGAACACUUUGUCUCCCCGAUCUGCUAACCAAAGGGUUAGGACUUUGCUCUUUCUGAGAUGUCUGCUACACACUGCAAAUUCUGCAGAUUUCUGCUGCUCAAAGAGUCCCGUGCACUGGAGGGAACCACCGUUCCAACAAGCAAGACCUGGCUCGCCUGCAGGAGGUCACAAGAGGACCAGAGGGUUUUUUAUUUUAUUUUUUUAAUUCCUGCUACCCUCCCUUCCCUGUGUCACACUCACUCUCACGAACCUUCUGAUUAACCCCUGUCCUUCCUGUCGGAGCAGAGGUUCUCAGUGAAGCAAAGGGCAGACCCAGCUCAGAACAGCACAGGUAUUGAAUUCUGGAUGGACAGCCGCUCACCAGAGAGGAUGGAUUCUGGUGCCCAUAGAGCAGAAUAUUCUCCAACCCUCUUCUCCAGACCCAAUUUCCUGAUUUCCUCCAUCUGUCGCCUCCCGGGGGUUAUUAAAAAAAAAAUCUGCCUUAGACUCUGCAGUGAAGACAAGCAUUUCAACAAGGAAACAGUUACCUGGAUCAACCAUGCUCAACUGUGACGCCUGAAUAACUGUCCACUUUUCCUUCGACGAACUGGUCACUCUGUCUCUGAUGGAUUUUAAUGUGGUUUUCAUAUUGAAAGAGUAUGUUUGAUCAAGUGGCUUUUCCCCGACCCCCUGCUCCCCCCCAGAAUAUAAACUCUCAGGCAAGGCAUGUCUUUAAAAAUAUUAAGGAGGUAGAUACACUUGGGUACUUAUUGAAAUGGAUGGUGAUAAAUAAAUGCUCUUCUAUCGUAAUGCUACUUGAUUUCUAUGAAAUAUAGUUGACAAGCCAAAAUUCUAGGACAUAGGAAUCUGGAAAACUCAUUUCCUGGGAUUAGAUUCUCAAGGUUUUUUUUUUAAGUUAAUUUGGGAAAUUAGCCGAAUUUCACUUUUACUGCAAGUCUUUGCCACAUGUGACUGAACUUAGUUUUCAUUUGUACACCGAAAACAGUUGUUUUGGGAAAGAGGAGUACCUGUAUUAUACAAGCACAACAGGGUUUGCCCUAAAGAGCUGUCGUCGUUAUAACACUAUUUGGUAGCCUAACUUCCUACGUGUACUCUUAAUUGCCCAAGAAGUCAAUAAUUGGUCACAUCGGGGUUUUGAAUGUUUGCUUUAAGUGUUGGCUCUUUCUAUGUUUUAUAAACCAAAACAGAAUUUCCAAAAACAGUGAAGGAAACCAAAAUAAAUAUUUCUGCAUUU